AUGUCUUCUUCCAAAGAUGCAGACCCAAGCUUGGGUUAUCUCACCAGAAAGGAUACAGAGGUGAAGCUACCUCGACCAACCAGGGUUAAGAACAAAACCCCCGCUCCCAUCCAAAUCACUGCCGAGCAAAUUCUCCGCGAAGCUAGGGAGCGUCAAGAGGCCGAAAUCCGUCCUCCCAAGCAGAAAAUCACUGACCCCACCGAACUCGGCGAGUAUCGUCUCCGUAAGCGAAAGGAGUUCGAAGAUUUAAUCCGGCGAGUUCGCUGGAAUGUGAGUGUUUGGAUAAAAUACGCACAGUGGGAAGAGUCGCAGAAAGACUUCAAACGUGCACGUUCUGUUUGGGAGAGAGCUUUGGAAGUUGAUUACAAGAAUCACUCGUUAUGGUUGAAAUAUGCAGAGGUUGAAAUGAAGAAUAAGUUUAUUAAUCAUGCUAGGAAUGUUUGGGAUCGUGCUGUUACGCUUUUGCCUCGAGUGGAUCAGUUGUGGUAUAAGUAUAUUCAUAUGGAGGAGGUGCUUGGGAAUGUUGCUGGGGCGAGGCAGGUAUUUGAGAGGUGGAUGAAAUGGAUGCCGGAUCAGCAAGGAUGGUUGUCUUAUAUCAAAUUUGAAUUAAGAUAUAAUGAAAUUGAACGAGCUAGAGGAAUUUUCGAGCGAUUUGUUUUGUGUCACCCUAGGGUUGGUGCUUGGAUACGAUAUGCCAAGUUUGAGAUGAAAAAUGGUGAGGUUCCUAGGUCGAGGAAUGUAUAUGAAAGAGCGGUGGAGAAGCUUGCUGAUGACGAGGAAGCCGAGCAACUUUUUGUGGCGUUUGCUGAGUUUGAAGAAAGGUGCAAGGAGGCCGAGCGUGCGAGGUGUAUAUAUAAGUUUGCACUUGAUCAUAUUCCGAAGGCUAGGGCUGAAGAUUUGUAUCGAAAAUUUGUGGCAUUUGAAAAGCAGUAUGGUGAUAGGGAGGGAAUUGAGGAUGCUAUUGUUGGGAAGAGGAGGUUUCAAUAUGAACAUGAAGUGAGGAAAAAUCCUUUGAAUUAUGAUUCUUGGUUUGACUAUAUAAGAUUGGAAGAGAGUGUGGGGAAUAAGGGAAGAACUAGGGAGGUUUAUGAGAGAGCUAUAGCUAAUGUUCCACCAGCUGAGGAGAAACGAUACUGGCAGCGAUAUAUUUAUUUGUGGAUUAAUUAUGCACUCUAUGAAGAGCUUGACGCCAGAGAUAUGGAGCGAACAAGAGAUGUGUACAGGGAGUGUCUCAACCAGAUACCUCACCAAAAGUUCUCAUUUGCUAAGGUAUGGCUUCUAGCUGCCCAGUUUGAAAUACGUCAGCUGAAUGUCAAGGGGGCUCGUCAAAUAUUAGGAAAUGCUAUUGGAAAGGCUCCUAAAGAUAAGAUAUUUAAGAAAUACAUAGAGAUAGAACUGCAGCUUGGCAAUAUAGAUCGAUGCAGAAAACUGUAUGAAAAGUAUCUAGAGCGGUCACCUGAAAAUUGCUAUGCAUGGAGCAAGUAUGCAGAAUUGGAGAGAUCUUUAGCUGAGACUGAGCGAGCUAGAGCAAUAUUUGAGCUUGCAAUUGCCCAACCAGCAUUGGAUAUGCCUGAGUUGUUGUGGAAGAGAUACAUUGACUUUGAAACUGCUGAGUCUGAAUUCGAGAAAGCUAGAGUGCUUUAUGAAAGGCUUCUUGAUCGAACAAAGCACUUGAAGGUAUGGAUAAGUUCUGCAGAGUUUGAAGCAACAGCUUUAGACUUAUCAGAACAAGAACCGAAGGAGCAAUGCAUUAAGCGCGCCAGAAGGGUGUUUGAGGAGGCUCUAAACUACUUCAGAUCAUCAGCUCCAGAUUUAAAAGAAGAAAGGGCAAUGCUAUUGGAGAAAUGGCGCAACUUGGAGGCUACAUCUGGGGAACUAGGUGAUGUUAGCUUAGUCCAGUCUAAGCUACCCAAGAAGCUCAAGAAGAGAAGACAAAUUUCUACCGAAGAUGGCUCUUCUAGAAUUGAAGAAUUUAUCGAUUAUCUGUUCCCUGAGGAAACUCAGACAACCAAUCUCAAGAUCUUGGAAGCUGCUUACAAUUGGAAGAGGCAGAAGUUGUCUUCAGCUGAUGAUCGAGAGUAUGUUGCAGGGUGA